UAAAAUUUUAAUAAUAUAUAUAUGAUUAUAAAUCAUUGUUUUUUAUCUCUCAUCUCACUCACCGAUAAAAAUGGAUAUAACAAAAAAAAUUUAAAAAUACUCCACGGGGAACUCCAAAACCGGCUAAACGAUAAAUUUCCGUGACAUCUACGACAGUUUGCACUUGCCAAGGUAUCGACUUUGUCUUAGAUCUCUUUAUUCUCAUUUACCCUGAAUUAAUAGUGAAGAGCGAUUGCGAUAUCGCAGCGACCGAUCAGCUGGAUCGAUCGCAGCGAUUUUCAUUAUAGAGCAGUGCAAAGCGUUAUUAAUUCAAAAUGGUAUCCCUCCUCAAAUUAUUAUUUUUAUACAAAAUGAUGUUGAAGAGGAGAAGAUUAAACACGCUUAAUAUUAAUAAAAGAAAAGAAGGCGAAUUUUACAUCCUCUUUCCUAAACUCUUAAAAGAUGAUCCUAAAUUUUACAACUAUAUGAGGAUGACAAAAGAAACCUUUUAUUAUAUAAUUAGGCAUAUAAAACCUAUAUUGCCUACAACAUCAUCAAAUUUUAUAAAGGAUCCUAUAACUGUUGAAGAAUGAUUUGUCUAAGGUAUUUAGCAACAGGAUGUAGGUAUCCUACCCUAGCUUAUUCUUUCAAAAGGGGUAUAUCUACCAUCCAACAAAUUAUUAAGAGAACUACCAAAGCAAUAUGGCAAGCUUUGGUAAGCCAACAUAUGCCACCACUUACUCUCUCUGAUUUUGAGAGAAUAGCGAAGGACUUUGAAUUAAAGUGGAAUCUACAUAAUUGUAUAGGUAGUAUUGAUGGUAAACACUGCAGAAUAAGGAAACCACCUCAUUCUGGCAGUGGAUUUUACAAUUACAAACAUUUUUUCUCUGUUGUUUUACAAGGAAUUGUAGAUGCUAAUGGAAAAUUUAUAACUGUUGAUGUUGGCAGUUUUGGCAGUGAAUCUGAUGGAGGAGUUUUUGCUAACUCCAAAAUAUAUAAAAUGAUAGAAAGUGGAGAGAUUAAAUUGCCUCCUGCAAAAAAAUUGCCCAAUUCCAGCCUUAUUUUCCCACAUUAUUUUGUGGGUGAUGAUGCUUAUCCGUUGAAGUCUUAUAUUUAAAACCUUACAAGGGUAAACUUACACCCCAACAGGAGGCCUAUAAUUAUAGAAUGGGCUAGAAUACAGGUGGAAUGCACAUUUGGUAUUCUAAGAGCUAAAUGGAUGAUCUUUGAUCGACCAAUGGAUACGAAAUUAGAGCUAACAGAAGAUAUAAUUAAAACAUGUACCUUACUCAAUAACUUUAUUAUUGAUAAGGAAAAAUAUAUUCCUUUUAACCCUCAAAAAAAAUCAACCCCUUUAAAUAAUUUAUUAA